AUGGCAGCCAUUUCCGAGAAAUACAAGAAUAUUCUCGUCGGCAGGAUCCUGAAGAAAGUGCAGGAUGGUGUCGAGAUGAAUGGCGUGGUGCAUUGGGAAGGGGAUGCGGGGACAGAUGUCCUCACGCAAGAGGAGGUAUGGAAGAUUGCCACGAAUGAGUUCACAACGGCCAGCUGGAUGAUUCCAGAUAUUCUGGAACGGCAGAAGGUCGGGUGGGAUGAGUCAGCGUUGGACAUGGAGGAUCUACGCCUGAAGUCAAUCUAUGACAAGGCAAUGAGCACACAUGCAGUCAACAAAAAGGCUGCUGAAGCAGCCAGGGACAUAGUGGCUGCACUGGAAGGCAGGAAAGUCCAGCCACCCCAGCCGUCACUCCAGGAUUUAUUUGGGCAACCUGUGGACUCCUCCAAAGUGUUUCCUGUGACAGCACUGCACAAGUACAAAACCAUAAAAAAACAGGGCCACAUGGCCAACAAGACAGGCGACGUUCUCAAUGAGAAGAAAGAUGACGCCACCUACAAGGUCCUGGACGCUUCUCUCCUGCCCCCUCUUACGCCAGAGCUCAGAGAGGAGGCCAUCAGGCUGGUGUGCGCCAGAGUGGCAUUUGCAGAGACGCUCAAGCAGGCAAAGGAGAAGGUGAAGAAGAGCAAGGAAUUUCUAGCAGAAGCGGUGAGGCAAGAGUCGGGAGAGGAUGAGCCUGCAGAGGAGGGGCCUGAGGGUGCAGCAAAGCCAGCCGACAGAAAGCUGGACCCAGAACAGGCCCAGAAAGCGGUGGAUGAGGCUGAGGCCUUUCUGGCACAGGCCAAGGUGGAUGCUGAGGUGGCAGCCAAGGCUGCACGCAAUUUCGAGGAGAAGCAUGGGCUCCUCGGCAAGGACCGACCAAGUUCGGGACAGGUCGGGCGCAAGUCUGCCGCCAAGGAGAAUGCGCAGCCCUCCAAGGCCGUCAAGCCCCUAAAGGAAACUGCCGCUGAUGCCAAGGGCAAAGGCCGCGCGGAUGCUACUGCUGGCAGCAAGAAGAUUCCCUUUGGGCAGAGCAGCGUCCGCGCAGCCCAGAAGAAGGAGGCCCACGCGCGCCGUUCGGCCGCCACAGCCGCCAAGAAAAACGCGGCGACCGCUGUCGAGGGAAAGGGCAAGGCGAGUGUCGUGGAUGCUGCCGACCCUGAUGCCCCCGGCCCCUCGGCCGGCCCGUCGAAGCGUCCGUCCGCCGGCGUUGCCUCCCCCACGCGCGCCGCCAAAGCCGCGGCGGCUGCCGCGAAGCGCGCGGAGAAGAAGCGCGCCGGCGCUGCAGGGGCGAAAGGCAAGGAGGCCGCUGUGGUCCCGGAGGCUGAUGAGGAGGAGGAGCGCGAGCGCUCGCUGACAUCAUCCAUCCGCCUCAACCUCUCAGACGCCAACGGCGACGGCGGUGUCUCUGAUGACGUCAUCGUCCUGGACAGUGCCACCACCGGCGCUCCCAGCGCAGUCGCUGCCGCGUCCGACGACGCCGAAGUGUCGCCGAACGGCGACGUGGCCAUGGGCGAAGCAGAGCAGAAGGCGCCCGCUGGUGCUGCCGAGGAGGAAAUGCGCAGAUUUCCUGACGGGCGCGCAUAUCCUGAGAGGCUGUGCAUGCAGCAUGGAGAUAGGCUGCUGGCAGACUGGUCAGCCGCAGAGGCCAACAAUGAGCUUGAGGAUGACACUGAAUAUGAAGUCAUUGCAAUUCUUGACGAGCGCAAGAGGAAGGGGAAGAGGGAAUUCUUGGUGAAGUGGCGGGGGUUUGAGCUGAACCCCGAGCAGUGGUUCCCUCAUACACUGUUCACAGAGUGCGAGGCGCUCGAACAAUGGGAGGCCGCACACCCGCCCGCCGCUGGCCAGAAACGAAGCAGAGGGCGCACGGCCUGA